UCGGGCGGGGAGGAAGGAAUGCCAAUCGUAAACUUUACAAUUUGCGGCAAGGAACGUCAAGAUAUAUUUUGAUUCGAUCCAGGAACUUUUGCAGAAAGCGAUAACUCUCAUACUAUCGCAUAUCUCACUCAGAUAAACACCAGCCAUGUCAUCCACCACCAAAACAGCAAGAAUUGGAGAAGAGCUUUGGAAAACGAGGGUUGACAAGGUCAACGCGGAGCUGGUAACAUUGACGUACGGAACGAUCGUGGCACAACUUUGUCAAGACUAUGAUGGCGACUACACCGAAGUAAACAAACAGCUGGACAAGAUGGGUUACAACAUUGGGUUGCGGCUUAUCGAGGACUUUCUGGCCCGCUCGAACGUAGGCCGAUGCGCCAACUUCCGGGAAACGGCUGAUAUGGUCGCAAAGGUCGGGUUCAAGAUGUUCCUCAAUGUCUCGCCGACGGUCACGAACUGGACAAGCGACAACAACCAAUUCUCCCUCAUCUUCGAAGAAAACCCACUAGCAGACUUUGUGGAAUUACCCGAUGACGGAAGAUCCCAAGAUGAACUGUGGUUUUCCAAUAUCCUGUGUGGUGUCCUCCGCGGCGCACUUGAGAUGGUCCAAAUGCAGAUCGACGCGCAUUUCGUCAGCGAUGUCCUGCGCGGCGAUGAUACGACGGAGAUGCGGGUAUCGCUAGUGAGAUACAUUGAAGAUGAGAUGCCACCAGACGAGGAGUAAACGGGGCCACACUUGGGAGGACCAAUGCGUAUUUAGAGUCUGUCGACCAUUGAGGCGUCCGGUGUUUCUGGGAUGUGCAAAUUUUAAUUCAAAUCUUCGUUUAUACUUGUCGCGAUGGGCCCACGACUAUGUCGUAGCGUUCAAACUUGAUUCAGUGGUUGUUUAUAGUUCUAAUCAAGAAGUGACGUCUCAC